CAUAAGAUUGGCUGCCUGAGGUGUGGUUGUGGUUGCAGCGUCCUCAUGAUAUCAACACCCAUUGUUUCUUCUCUAACUGGCACUGGUCAAGGAUUCGUCAAAGUCUUGUUGUUACUGCGCCCUAACGAUACAACUGCGUGGGUAUUGAUGACACCGAGUUGGUGCCUGACCGCUGAAUUACCAAAGACAGUCGUCCACCGCCGCCCUUCAAGCCCUCAGCCCUUACUAGUCCGUCAAGGGCGCACGAGGUAGUAGGCACCACGUCAACAGUGCUGCUUAUACUUUGAUCGUAUAUGUAUAACUACAGUUGUUCCCUUACUUCUUAGACAUAUACAACUACUUUGCUUACUCUUCGCGACACAUUUCCCAUUACCUCCUUGAGAAGUCCUCUUUACUGAGUGUAUUUCUCAGCCAGAUCUUUGCAGCUCACGGAUACUGGUCAAGUCAUGGUUUUAGACGACAAUCUCGGCGAUAUUGGAUCAGCAGCGCAUGACGAGAGCGGAUGGACUCGUGUACACCGAACCAAUCGUAAACCUGUCAAGAAAUGGCAACGCAAUGCUAGUUACUACAGAGCGAGAGAGAGCAACGGCCGAGGAACCUACAACGAACAAACUACGACCAGACAACUCGACCACGAUCUGUGGAAUUCGCCCAGCAUCUCGGAAACAGGCUCCAUCGUCUCCUCUUCCUAUUCCUCGAUUCUCUCAGAAGAGAACGACCCUUUCGUAUCCACAGAACGAGUAUAUUGGUCUUAUCCCUCGUCCCUCUCGGAAUGUUACUGCGAACUGGGUCGUUGGAGAUGCAGCUGCUGCACCACACCAGCGUACUCUUUUGAUGGAUCCAUCUGGACCAUGGAUCCGGACAGCAUACGCAUCUUCUAUAUAGAGGAGAUAGACGUCGCAACCGACCUCGCUGCACAAUCUCACAUGAACGAUGCAGGCCGCUGGAUCACACAUCCGUUCGGCGAUCUGCGGUCAGUGGCACGCGCGAGGAAUAGAAAGUGGAAAAUUCGCGAGAACAAAGGCGGAUGUAACAGCUACAGGUGCAGAAAACAGGGACAAACGGAGCAGCGAGCGAAGAACAAGAGGGAGAAGCGCGAGAAUGUGAAGUGGGCAGUGCGGGAAUGCAAUGAUACGCCAUGCCUCACUUCUGGGUGUUGGUGCAAGGAUUUCGAUGAGAAGGGUAGUUGGACCAUCCCAGUGCCAGAGAAGGGGCAGAGAUGUAGUCUUGUUGAAUGGGUUGGGAAGGAGGGAAGAAAGCUCAUGUUGGAAGAGGCCUACCAGCAAGUGGAUAACGAUGCACUAAACAUGAUUAUGGAGGCAUGCGAGAUCGACACGGAUGAUGUAUGGGAGCUCCUAUCGACUAGAAGCUCGGAGACUUGGAGCGUUGUUGACGCCAGUGGUGACAUGGUAGAUCUAUAGUUCAAUCGUAGGAAUUGUCUGAGACGCUCUAGUUCAACACGAACCACCGGUGCUGUGUGUUUUCGCUCUAGUUAUU